CCAAGGCUGGGCACCACUGCUCAGCCCCUCCGGCCACUCCCACGCCCGCAUACAUAUCUAAGCUAUUUCUCCGCUACGUCAACACCAACAGCUUGUACGUCUCCCGCCGCCAGCAUGAGGCUGUCGACACUCCAACUCCCCUCGAAGCGCUUAGUCGCCUCGUACAUCUUCGACUGGAUAGUUAUCGCCGGCAUCGCAGGCAUCGGAGGUGGAUUUAACUCCCUGAGCCCUUACCACCGGCCUUUUUCGCUGCUCGACCUCUCCAUCUCGUUCCCGUACACCGUCGACGAGACCUGCCCAGUAUGGCUGCUAAUCGUCGUUGCCCUGAUCGCUCCGGGCGCCAUCAUCUUCUUUGUCUGUCUGCUCUUCAUCCCGGGGCCUACCGCGAACCCGCGCACGCCAAAGAGCCUGAUAUGGCGCCGCAAGUUCUGGGAGUGGCACACGGGCUGGAUGGGCCUGGCACUUAGCCUGGCGACGGCCUUCCUGGUCACCGAGGGCAUGAAGAACCUCUUCGGCAAGCCGCGCCCCGACCUGCUGAGCCGCUGCAACCCCGACCUCGCCAACCUCGACCAGUACGUGGUGGGCGGCAAUGGGCAGGACAUCUCGAGCCGCUGGACCCUCGUCAGCUGGGACAUUUGCCAGCAGCCGGACCGCGACAGGCUCGACGACGGCUUCCGCAGCUUCCCCAGCGGCCACUCGUCGUUUUCUUGGGCUGGCCUCCUCUACCUCACUUUCUUCCUGUGCUCCAAAUUCUCCAUCGCGAUCCCCUUCCUCCCUCCCCGCCCUUACUCCCAAGACCCCACGCACACGGCACUCGAGCGGGAGCAGCUGCAAACGCACCCGCACUUCCACCACCACCAGCAGCAGCAACAGCACUCGCACAGCAGCAACGGGCACAAGCACAAAACGUCGUCCGGCCUCAGCAGCAACAACUCCAGCAGCACGCAGCCCGCCGCGACGACCACAACCAACACCAGCAGUCCCGGGCUCCCCAUCGUCCCGAUCCGCAACCAAGCCGCCGCGCCGCCCACCUGGACCCUCGCGCUCUUCUUCGUGCCCGUCGGCGCCGCCAUCUGGAUCUCGGCGUCGCGCUACCACGACUUCCGCCACCACGGCUUCGACAUCAUCACGGGCGCGCUGAUAGGCGCCGCGUGCGCCUGGGCCGCGUUCCGCUGGUACCAUUUGCCGGUGCGCCAGGGCGCGGGCUGGGCGUGGGGGGCAAGGAGCCGGGAGCGCGCGUUUGCGGUCGGGGUCGGUGUGGGCAGCUAUGUUGGUGUGGAGGGGUGGGCGUCUGCGAGGGCGGGUGUGAGGGAGAGGGAGAGGGAGCCGGAUUUGGAGGCUGCUGUGCAGGGGCAGUAGAUGGAUAGGUAGGUGGGAAGGGUGUGGGAGGAGGGACUGAAGGGUGGAGGGUACUGACUACUGCUUGGUGGGAUGGAGUAAUGGCGUUUUUGGACGAGAUAUCCCAGUAUACGAUCGGAUAGGUGAUUAGGAUAGGACAACAAUACCACCAUGCACAGCCU